CAACAUUCCUGUCACAGCACCACGCGGGUCACGAAACUCAGUUCGUGUUGGUUUAGUGGGCGUGGUGAGGGCGUGCUGCACAGUCUUCCCGGAGACUUCCCCAGCGUUCUUCCCCUCCGAGACAGGCUGUAGCGUCCUACGGGAGACAUGGGUAACUAUCGGUGGUGAGAGGGCGAGGGUGAGGGCAGAUGUUGGGGAUUGGUGGCCCCAGCAUCACAAUUCUGCCGUCGCUACAAAUGUCACUCAAUAAACCAAAGCUUCGAGAAUCAAUAUCCUUCUGCAACGUGGGUCGGACGCCGAGGUGAGUGCCAUGGAUCCGCCACCGACUCGCCCUCGCCACCUGCCCCUCCGCCCACACCUCCCAGUCUCCUCUAACUCGUCCCCAACAAGAACAGUGAGUGUGUGUUCUUUACGGAUUACAAGAACGCUCCUGAACACCUUCCGCCGCGGGUUUGCUGCCUUCAUGGACUACCCAUGGCACCUCCUCAACCCUCGCGGCGUGUUGGUGUGGGCGUGGGUCACCCUAACCCUCCUGGCUACCCCUGCGGAAACCAAGUACUCAGAGGGUUACAUCAAGACCACGGAGCGGUGGCUGUUCCUCGAGCGGUUCUGUUUCCUCUCAAAAGACGGAACCUUCGAGUUCGAGGUGGACUAUGACCUCAAGUACGGCACGCAGCGCUUCCUCCUCUACUUCGACUCACCGACACAGUGGCCCUCGGUGUACCGGACGGAGAAGACGUGUGAGGAGAAGGAGAGCGUUCUAAUCAGCGGGAACAAUCAGAAAAUCAACUUGACGCUGCCUUUCAACAAUAGAGAGUGCGAGGUAGUGAGGCACCCGGGCGACACUGCCUACAACCACUGUAAAGGCUUCCGUAGCUUCGACAGUCUGCGGGAGAGGUGGUGGUUUGUUGCCGUCAGUAAUUGCGAGAGUACGCAGGGUAUGGAGAUGAGAUACAAACUCGUGAUGACCAAUGGAGACUCUUACUGGUACAAACACUUCUCUGCUGAUGAAUUUUACAUACUAAGAACCAACAUGUCAGCGCUGGCGAUUCAACUUGGUAUCCUUCUGCUCGCCCUCCUCGCCUCAGCGGAACUGAAGAAGCGAGAGUUGCUCCACACCACGUACCGUCUGUACCUGGCGACGGUGUCCACGCAGGUGUUCGCUCUGUCCUUCCUGACGCUGCACUACGCAAAAUAUGGAGUGAACGGCAUUGGCUUCCCCUUCAGCAAAUUCAUAGGUCGGGCGCUCCACACGGCCAGUACGGUGCUCAUGGUGUUGUUGUUGCUGCUGGCUGCCAAAGGGUUUAAUGUUACCAGGGGGAGACUGCGCCAGAACUCCGCCGUGCGCCUCACUGCCUUCAUGUGCAUGUAUAUCGUCACCUGCCUGUGUCUGUUUAUCUACGAGCAACAGGUGUUCGACCCUGGUGAGGUGCUGUACCUGUAUGAGUCACCUGCAGGCUACGCGCUGGUGGGACUGCGGCUGCUUGCGUGGCUCAUGUUCCUCUACUCCUGCUUCUUCACCGUCAAGCAUUACCCGGAGAAGAGUGGGUUCUACGGGCCCUUUUUCAGCUUCUUCUCCCUCUGGUUUCUAGCGGGACCCAUGGUGAUCAUCAUUUGCAACCACGUGAUAGACAAAUGGGUGAGGGAGAAGGUAGUGAACGGGGUCGACCUCUCCAUCACCCUUCUGGGCCACCUGUUCUUCCUGGUAUUAACACGCCCUAGCGCAGCCAACAAGAACUUUCCCUUCCAUGUGCGCACGUCUCAAGUUCGCGCCCUGGAACACUCCUCGACGGGCGUGGUAGGGAACAACACACUGGACGCCUUCUCCACCCAUCGGUACGCCCCUGACCUGACGGAGCCGCACACACACGCAGCGCCGGACCUCUUCCUUGUGUCUGGCGCCGUGGAGAUGAUUCCUCUUCCGCUGCCGAGGGGAGUCACGAAAAACGACCAGCAGAGCUACCACCACCACCAGGACACCAAAGAAUCAGCGGGACCACCACCACCAUCACCACCACCACCACCACAAUCAGCACCAUCACCACCACCACCCUACGACACCCCACAGUAACCCCGAACCACCCACAAACUCCAAUUAGACUCAGAAAAGUGUCUACAAAAGUGUCUAGACUCAGAGAGAGAGAGAGAGAGAGUCGAAAAAAAAAGCCAAAUUAACCUUUACUGUUGUUGUUUUAGAGUAGAAUAAAAAAAAAAGGAAAGAAAAUGUUACUCUAUGAAUGUCUCUUAAGAUUGAACUGUGCGCGACUGGUAAUAUUUGUAAAAAAGGCGCGAAAUUGGACACAUGCGUUCUCACAAUACCCCCCCCUUCAUUCUCCUCCUCCUCCUCCACUACUCAGUUUGGUUAGACUAGUGAGCAGAAAAGGAAGUGUUAUCCCGCAUGUACGAGUUUGAGUGUUAUUAAGUGAGACAGGCGGAGUUCAAGGUAAAUAUGACAUGUGUGGGGUAUUGCUGGCCAUGUUGGUAGCCAUGAGAGAGAGAGAGAGAGAGAGAGAGAGAGAUCUGUGUACAGUUGUUAGUGCAGUCCUUUUUACUAAUACCACUGUGCAGUAUAGCAAAUUUCGUGGGCACGGUUUAAAUUUAAGGGCAUUAUAGACAGAGCAGUAACAAUAAUGAUAAUAACUGUAAUAAUAAUAGUAACUAAUAAAAAUGAUAUAGGUGCCACAACAACGAGACAAUUCAUGGUGCUUCUGAAACGCUUCGCUGUCUCACCUCGACUAUUUUCAAAGGCAACAAACACAUGAUUAGCUGGACUUUUCAUUGUUUCUUCGUUUAAGCUCUUCAGUUUUGAGACGCAUUUUUACCA